CCACCUGGAAGGACCACCUGAUUGCAUCACGAGUUCAGGCUGACCUGGACACGGUGGAAUCCUUGCUCCUGCCAAGUGGGUCAAAUAUCACAAGUCAGGUGAACGGAUGGUGACUGGGCGGGUCUGUCAGGAUAUAAAUUCCACAGCUUCUGCAUCUAUCCCAAGAUACUCGAGUGUCUCUCGGCUGAGAACCGACGUGCCUUUGCACCGCCUGAGCAGCAGUCCGCGCAUCUGCUCCCUCAGACCGCCAGCAUCUGCAACAGCAUCUAGACCCUGCAGCAAUUCGGACUGCAGGUUCCGGACCCGCUGGAGGACGUGAGCCAUUGAUGGGCAGAGACAAGACCGGAGUCCAGUGCCCGGGACUGUGGGUCCCUGUGCUGGCUGUCCUGCUGGGAGCCUGCCAGGCACUCCCCGUCGCAGACUCCAGCCCCCUCCUCCAAUUUGGGAGCCAAGUCCGGCAGCGGUACCUCUACACAGAUGAUGCCCAGGAGACGGAGGCCCACCUGGAGAUCCGGGCUGAUGGCACCGUGGCGGGGUCUGCCAGCCAGAGCCCCGAAAGUCUCUUGGAGCUCAAAGCCCUGAAGCCAGGUGUCAUUCAGAUCAUGGGGGUGGUGACCUCCAGGUUCCUGUGCCAGAGGCCAGAUGGGUCCUUGUAUGGAUCGCUCUACUUCAACGCCAGGGCCUGCAGCUUCCGGGAGCUGCUUCUGGAGGAUGGGUACAACAUCUACCAGUCCGAGGCCCUCGGCCUCCCGCUCCGCCUGGCCCCCCACGACUCCUCAUCCUCGGAUUGGCGCCACUGGGGACCCUCCCGCUUCCUGCCGCUGAAGGGCCUGCCCCCAGCACCACCGCCGGAGAGCCCAGGGGUCCCGUUCCCUGGCCCCCCAGACGUGAGCUCCUCGGACCCCCUCAGCAUGGUGCGGUCCUCACUGGACCAAAGCCCCAGCUAUAUGUCCUGAAGCCUCAGGCCACUUACGACUGCGUCUCCUCUUUAUUUAUUGGGUUAUUUAUCUUAUUUAUAUUUUUACUUUUCUUACUUGG